AUGAUUAACCGAAGUUGGGGUAUUGAACUUUGGGAUCAAUUUGAUAAUGUUACAAAAUAUACAGAAAAAAGUAUUCAAUUUUGUGAAAAAUACGAAUCAUUUCUUAAAGAUCGCUCAACUAUUGAAGAUGAUUAUGCAAAAGCUUUAAAAAAAUUAACUAAAACGUAUUCACCAAAAUUAAAAGAACAAGAAGAAUUCUAUAAUAAAUAUUCAUAUACUGCUACUUUUUGUUCGACAUUAAAAGAAUUACAAGAUAUAGCAUCACAACAUGAAAUAAUUGCAGAAAAUUUACGUGAACGUUCAAUAAAACAAAUUCAAAUAACAAUUAAAGAAUGUCGAGAACAACGUAAAAAAUGUUUAGAUGAAUAUACGAAAAUUAAACGUCAAUUGGAUAAACAACAUGAAUUAUUGAUUAAAUCUUUAAGAAAAUAUGAAGAAUGUCAUGAAUCUGCACGUCGUGCAAAAGAAAGUUAUGAGAAAGCGCAUGAAGAUCUGGAUUUAUCUCGUGCACAAUUAGAAAAAACACGUGAUACAAUGACAUUAAAAACUAAAAUAAGUGAAGAUGCACAUACAAAUUAUUCUUCACAAGUAUCUCUAUAUAAUGAUACUCAACGUUUAUUCUAUGAAAGACAAUUACCAAAUAUUUUAUGUGAUUUACAACAAUUAGAUGGGAAACGUUCCAAUGAAAUUAAAACUAUUUAUUUUACUUUUAUUCAAUCUCAUGUGGAAGUUUUACCACGUAUACAAAGAUGUUUAGAUGAAAUGACUAAACAAACUGAACAAUUAAAUUCUUAUACAGAUGCACAAGUUGUUAUCAAUGAAUAUCAAUCGGGCUAUGCUAUACCGGAUGAUCAGAAAGUGAUUGAUCUGAAUGCAGAUAAUUAUCCAUCGUUAUUAUAUAAUGGAGCUGAUCAACAAAUUUAUAAAGAAUUCAAUCGUUCGAAUACAUUGAGAAGUACUAAUAGUGAUUAUAAUACUCAAAAUGGUAUAGCAACUAUAUAUGCACCUAGCAAUCAUAUUAAUGGAACACAAACAUUAGUAACAGGAACACCAGGAAUUAAUUCAAGAAAAACUAGUGGAGCGGCUAGUACGAUUAGAAAAUUAUUUGGAAGUUCAUCACAAAGAAAAGCUUGCAAUCCUAACAAUGCUAGUAUUGUCACAAUUAAUGCACCAUACAAUAAUUUACCUCCUGCUCAACGUUUACGAAAAUUUCAAGAACAAAUUCUUAAUUGUAAAAAUGAAUUAGAAAAAAAACAAAAAGCCAAAGAAGGUUUAAUGAAAAUGAAACUUGUUUUUAAAGAAAAUCCAAAAUUUGGUGAUGAACAAGAUGUAUCACAACAAAUUUUAACUAUUGAUGACAAUAUUGAUAAAUUAUUAGCUGAGAUAAAACGAUUUGAAUCUUAUAUCUCAGAAAUCGAACGAACAAAAAUACCAACAGCAUCGGAUAUUGAUUUAUCAUAUUCACAUUCUAUAUAUGAUUCUGAUCAAUCUAUAAGUACUCAAAAUCUUGAAGUAUCAUCACAAAAUCGAAGUUCAUCCGAUAUACCGGAACAGAAUGGAAAUGGUAUCUAUGAACAAGCGAAUGAAUUUCAUUAUUUACCAUCACUUACAUCAACGACAGUACAACAAAUUGAUACACCAACUCGUGAAUCGAAUGGUUCAUUUGAAGAUGAAGAUGCGGAUAUCGAUCAGACAGAUAGUCAAUGUCAAGAACAAUCAAAUCAAGGAAAUUAUAUGAAAGCUUAUGCACUUUAUGAUUUUAAUGGACAUGGUAACAAUGGUUGUCAAUAUGUAAAUGCAGCAUCAAUGUGUACUGGUGAGUGUGUUGAUAUAUUAGAAGAUGAUCAUGGUGAUGGUUGGACACGUAUACAAAAACUUGAUGGUUCAAGUGGUUUUGUUCCAUCUUCAUAUCUUCGUAUUGAUCCUCAAACACUUCCUACAUCUUCACAACAAAUAGAAUCUGGCCGUUUUUAA